CAAAUAUGGCGGCGGCGUAGCGCAGCGAGGAAGGCGCUCCGGCGGGAAACACGGGCUCACGGCGGUGGAGUGCGCGCGCCGCGCUCGCAGGCGGCUGCGUCUCUGCUGGAGGGUGACAGCCCCCCAUCCUGGGGAUGGAGGCAAGGGGUGUCCCCGUCCCUGCGCUGGCCACGGAGCCGCAGUUUGCCCAGCGCCUCAGGGAGCGUUUGGAAGAGGAACAGCUACUGGACGGGUGCUACCGGCUGCAGGAGGUGCUGGGGGGCCGUGUGGCCCUGCCUGUGCUGGAGGAGAAGCUCUCCCAGCUGCGGCUGCCCCAGGAGAUGCCCUGUGAGCUGGUCUGGAUCCAGGACCCCAUCCCCUCCAGGGCUGCCCGCCGGCAGACACCCGCCCAGAAGCUCCGGGACGAGCUGCGGCGGCUGCUGGGUGAGAGCUGGUCAGAGGAGCUGGAGCGUGACGUGCCCCGCGCCUGGCAGCGGCAUGGGGAUCUGGUCCUGCUGCGUGAGGACAGCUUCAGGGCUGCACCAUGGGAGAAACUGGGUCCAGUGCUCUGGGAGACGGUCGCCUCGGCUCUGGGUGCUCGGCGGCUGGCCAGGCGAGGACGGGUAUUGCCAGAUGGGAUGCGUUCCCCCAGUGUCACCCUGCUGCUGGGCCAGGACGGCUGGGUGGAGCACGUGGACAACGGGAUCAGGUACAUGUUCGACGUGACCAAGUGCAUGUUCUCACCGGGCAACAUCACGGAGAAGCUGCGGGUGGCCUCACUUCCCUGCUCUGGAGAGGUCCUGGUGGAUCUCUACGCAGGCAUUGGCUAUUUCACGCUGCCAUACCUGGUUCAUGCGGCAGCUGCCUUUGCCCACGCCUGCGAGUGGAACAGCCAUGCUGUGGAGGCCCUGCGGAGGAACUUGGUGCUGAACGGUGUGCAGGACCGCUGCCGUGUCCACCACGGGGACAGCAGGCAGCUGGAGCUGCGGGACGUAGCGGACCGGGUGAAUCUGGGGCUGAUUCCCAGCUCGGAGGAAGGCUGGCCGGUGGCCUGCCGCGUCCUGAAGAAGGGCACAGGUGGGGUUCUCCACAUCCACCACAAUGUGGAGACUCUCCCCACACCAGCAGCGCCGCAGACCUCGGUCCUGCGGGCUGAGCGGGGGUCUUCAGAGGGAGCCGGCUCUGAUGGGGAGGCGCAGCACCCAACAGAGGACGGUGGGAAGGAGACACUGGGGGCCAGGAUCAGACCUGAGUGGCAGAGGUGGGCUGAAGCCACGGCAGCACGAAUCCGGGGACUGCUGGCAGAGCUGCAUGAGCAGCCGUGGCGCACCAGCAUCCUGCACAUCGAGGCAGUGAAGUCCUACGCGCCCCACGUGCAUCACCUUGUGCUGGACCUCGAGUGCCGGCCGUCACUGCUUGCCUAGCCAGCCCCGGCCCUGGCGUGGCUCCAGCUCCCACAAAACGGUGGCAGGGAGAUGCUGCUGUUGCCUCCUUCCAGCCUGGAUGUGCUUUAUGUUCCCUGGUUCCCAGGUGGCAGCGCUGCCCAGCAGUGCCUCCCCGUGCCCAGGGCAUGGUCUCCCACCAGAGAUCCCUCCAGGAGCCAUAUCCUGGCAGAGGAUGGGGUGAGCUGGGGCUGUGAGCUCCUGCUCUAGCAGGAUGAGAGUCCUGCUCUAGCUCUGACUGUCGCUGCCCAGGUCUUGGACACAUGGUGGCACUUUCAGCCCCAUCUUCACAUGAGAGAGAGCCGCACGGCUCAAUAAACCUUGGAUUUCUGCUGGGUUUCAUUUCAGCAAGGCAGGGGCAGGCUUUGUGCUUAUAUUUACCAGCAUGCUUUUUUUUAUUAUACUGGAAACGGGUC